AUGCAGGAGAUCACGGAGAGCAAGCCCAUGUUCGUGGUAGCGAGCCCCGUGUGCACGCCGUUCUCGCUGAUCUUGAAGAUGGGCGAGAAGGUGCGUGACGAGGGGCGGUAUCAGGCGCUGCUGAAGCGCUGCGUCGUCUACCUCGAGUUCGUGAUGGAGAUCUGCGCACUCCAGCAGCGCGAGGGCCGGUUCUUCUUGUGCGAGCACCCGUGGGCGGCCUGGAGCUGGCACCUCAAGAUCGUCGAGAAGGUGCGGUUGCUGGAGGGCGUCAUUUUGGUGAAAGGCUACCAGUGUCGCUUCGUGCAGACCUCGAAGGGGCCAGACGGGGUCGUCGGGCCGGUGGCGAAGGCGACGGGCUGGAUGACGAACAGCCCGGCCAUCGCGAAGCGUGUGGGGGUCCCGUGCACCAAGGACCACCAGCACGUGCACCUGGUCGGUGGCAGGAGCAAGGCGGCCGAGCGGUGCCCGAUCCCGCUGGUCGAAGCCAUCCUGGCCGGCAUGCGUGAGCAGCUGGAGAUCGGGCGCGGGCCCCACGCAUUCGAGGUCGGCGUGGCGAUCGAGGAACCGGAGGUUAUUGAGGCGGCGACGGUGGAGGAAUUCGAGGAGUUCUUCGAUGGCAUCUCGGGCGGGAGGCUGGACUCGAAGAUGGCGCACGCGGCGCGAGCUGAGGAGAUGGCCUACAUGGAGAGGCUGGGCGUCUUCCGGCGUGUGCCGACGAGCGAGUGUCAUGAGAACAUAGGGACUCGGCCGCUGCCCAGCGGCUGGGUCGACACGAACAAGGGCGACGAGAUCAGGCCAGAGAUCCGCAGCGGGCUCGUCGCGAAGGAGACGCGGGGGCUCAGCGCGCUGGGCCCAGAGGAUGCAGCGCAGACCUUCGCGGCCACGCCGCCGCUCGAGGGGCUGCGGCUGCUGCUCUCCCUGGCCAUGUCGCGCAGAGCCUCGGGGGGCAAGAUCCUCGUGUUCUUGGACAUAUCCAGGGCCCACCUGCACUCGGAGCUCUGGCGGCGCGUCUACCUGAAGGCCAUGCGCGGGCUGCGGGAUGCUGGCGCGGCUUUCGACCUGAAGGUGGAGAAGGUCAUGGAGGGGCUUGGGGCGCGGCAGGGGCAGUUCAGCCCGUGCGUCUACAGGAUAAGGUCGCUGGUGACGUGGCGCCACGGCGACGACUUCGUCGUCUUCGGCGGGCGCUCGGAGGCGAGGGGCUUCGAGGCAGGCCCGGGCAAUCGCUUGAUCGUCGAGCGCCGCGGCGUCCUGGGCCUGGAGGCGAGCGAGGGCGACGUGAAGGAGAUCGCGGUGCUCAACCGCAUCUUGCGCUGGGCACAAGGCGACGGGGUCUCGCCCGACCGCGUCGAGCACGAGGCGGACCCUCGACAAGUGGAGAUCGCGCUGGCGCAGCUCGGGCGCGACGGCAAGAGUAAGCCCGUCAGCGCGCCUGGUGUCGAGAAGGAUGCGCUGAGCGGCGAGGAGCUGAAGGGGCGCGAGCGCGAGAUGUACAGGUCCGCGUGCAUGAGGCUGGCCUACCUUGCGCUGGACAGGCCCGACCUGCAGUUCAGCUCGAAGGAGGCGGCGCGCGUGAUGCGGGCGCCGACCUUGGGAGGCUGGGAGGCGCUCACGAGGAUGGGGCGCUACCUGCUGGGGGCUCCGCGGCUGGUGGCGAUGUGCGCCAGGCAGCCGCCGCCGAAGAUGCUGAGCAUCUUCGCGGACAGUGAUUUCGCGGACUGCGCGCGGACGAGGAAGUCCACCUCGGCUAUGAGUGCGCUGUGCGGCUCGCACAGGAGCAAGUCGUCUUCGACGACCCAGCCGGUGCAGAGCCUCUCGACGGGGGAGGCCGAGUUCCACGCCCUGGUCAAGGGGGCCUCGGCGGGGCUUGGCCUGCGCGUCCUGCUGGGGGACUACGGCUGCGGCAACGUCGACGCGGAGCUGUGCUGCGACGCCGCCGCGGGCAAAGGUGUCGCGGAGCGGCGCGGCGUGGGGCGCAUCCGCCAUCUGCGCGCGCCCCUCCUCUGGAUGCAGAGGGCUGUGCAGCGUGGCCUUGUGAAGAUCAAGAAGGUGCCAGGCGCCAGCGACAGUGCGGACCUGGGCGCCAAGCAUGUCGAGGCGACGUUGGUCGCCGGAUCCCUCGCCAGCCUGGGCUUCGUCAAAUGGCGGGGUCGAGCAGGUUGGCCCUGA